UUAGAGUCCCCAUUCACCACCUAUUUCUCCCCUACCGGCUGGUCCAUCUCUCCCUCUCUCUCUCUGCCGAACUCCUGCAACUUCAAACUACCCAUGAAAAUGGCUGCCUUUUUUUCUUUCUCCUUCUCUCACCUCACUCAUUUCUCUUCCUUCAUUUAGUCUAUGCUUUCACUGUAACAACACGAUGAAACAGGUACAAGAGCAUAUGUUUUUGAUUCUCUUUUGAACCUAUUUGAGUCAGGAUCACAAGUUUAAUCUUGUAGAACCUCUCAAGUUCUUACUUUUUCCCCUCAAGGUUGGGUAUUUUGGUUUAAAGUUCGAUGCCCAUUUGGUGUUCUUGAUGAUUCUCUUGGUUAACUUAGUCAAAGCCAUACCUCGGUGCCUCUUGGCGCUUCGAAGGUGGGAUUUCAGCUGUCUUGACUUGGUUUCUGAUCUGUUUUCAGAUCUUCAACGGCUUGAUGUCUCUGGGUUCUGGUCAGUUUUCUCUGCUAACCCCCUAUUGUUUGGAAGAAUUUUCUGAGUCAGAGCUCUAGAAUUUUGUGGUAGCUUCUAGCGUUUAAAAUUUAGAUGAAGUGCAGCUCAGGCGGUGGUAGUUGAGCAUGUGUAAAGCUCUUCAAUCGUUUCAAGGGUGUUGAUUCCUGGGGCAACUUGUUAGCUUUGUUUGGUAAUUUUUAGUUUUCUUCUGUUUAACACGUUUGAGGCUUAUAUGGUUAUGGAAUUAGGGCUUCUGGUAUAUUGCAGAUGCUAGAAGUUUGGAUUUUGCUCAGUUCUGUAUGAUUUUGUUCCUGUUUUCCCACCGAGGGAAGAGAAGUCAUUGAUAUGUAUAGGGUUCAUCAUCAAUCAAGGGCAACAAUCUAUGGAAACUUUUGAGCCUUUGUGAGAAAGAUCGUAUGUUCUUGUUACUUGUUAGGAAACUUAUUUGAUGGUAAUUUGAACCUUUUUUCCAAUUGCCAUAUCUUAUGGGAUCUUUAGCUAUAUAAUUAUAAUUGCUAGUAGGUUCUUGGUGCUUUCAUCAAAAUGGUUGGUAAUGAUCCCUAUUUUGUGGAGUGGAACGAGCAAUUUGUGUCUCAGGAGCGUGGGAACCGUGUGGUUCACUAUUAUUUGAAGGAUUCCAAUGGAGAGUCUAUUCUUGCAAUUGUGGGUACUGAGAGGAGUGUUAGGCACAUGUUUUAUGUUGUUGCUGAGGAAUUUGUUCGAGCUUAUGGUGCUCAAAAUUCCAUCCAUGCCGGUUUCAAAUGGAGAUCGAGAAGGGAAGUUGUGGAUUGGCUUACAUCUAUGCUAUCAAAGCAGCACCUGCAGGGAGAUCUUUCCAAAUCGCAGGAUGACAUGGCACUAGAUUAUCCAGAAAGUGCAAUAAAUGUAUUUAGUAGUCAACAGAAACAGCAGAUUCGUCUGUCAAAGAAUUUUUUUGCACGCAAUUCUGACAUUGUGUGGUCUGGCAUUGCAUGGAGAUGUGGGAAGAAGCUCAGGCAUUACCCGGCAUUUUGCAGGAAUGGGAUUACAAUAGGGGUUUCAUCCUUCGUCUUUGUCAUGGCUAAGGGAGAGAAUCACUACAUUGCGUAUUUGGAAGAUAUGUAUGAAGACAAGAGGGGGCAGAGAAAGGUCAAAGUAAGGUGGUUUCACCAUAAUCAGGAAGUCAAGGGUGUAGUUCCUCUACGAAAUCAUCACCUAAAAGAAGUAUUCAUAACACCGCAUUCGCAGGUCAUUAGCACAGAGUGUAUUGAUGGUCCUGCUGGAGUCUUAACCCGAGAACAUUAUGAUAAAUGCCUGGCUGUUUUUCCUGAAUCUUACCUGGCCAAAGUACACCUAUGCUCUAGACAGAUCAGAAACAAUAGGGUGAAGCCUUUUGACGUAAGUAAAUUGCGUGGCUAUUUUGAACAACCGAUUUUGUCAUGUAUGAAUUCAAACAGCUUCCGGGAGCCUGACUUCAUAUCCCGUAGUCUAACUGACGAAGAAGAUGAUGGGUUAAGCUCAGAAGAGAAAACAGUGCUGGGAGCUAAGAGGACUAGAAUUGAUAGAGGGUGGCAAACAGUUGGGAAAGAGCGACCAGGAGUCAAAUUUUCUGGCAGACAGUGUGAGAUGAUGAAUCUUGAACCCGGAUACAAGAACUUAAAAUAUGGAGAUGAGACACUACUUUCCCUCAUGCAUGUCGAGUGUCGGCCAUGGUAUAAUCCAGUUUUUAAGGUUGAUGACAAGAUCGAAUUGUUGUGCCAGGAUAGUGGCAUCCGUGGCUGCUGGUUCAGGUGUACAGUCUUGCAUGUAUCCCGUAAACAGAUGAAAGUUCGAUAUGAUGAUGUUCAGGAUGAAGAUAGUCAUGGAAAUCUUGAGGAAUGGAUCCCAACUUUCAAACUUGCCAUGCCUGACAAACUUGGCAUGAGGUGCACGUGCCGCCCAACAAUCCGACCAACUCCUCCUAAUGAACAAGUGGACCUUGUAAUUAAAAUUGGGGUUGCAGUUGAUGCAUGGUGGAGCGAUGGCUGGUGGGAAGGGGUUGUAACUGGAGUUGACAACUCUGCUGAUAAUAAUCUGCGAGUUUAUUUUCCUGGCGAGAAUUUAUUUUUGAACAUACACAAAAAGGAUCUAAGAAUCUCCAGAGAUUGGGUGGGUGAUCGAUGGAUUGAUAUUGAGGAAAAGCCUGACAUACUCUCACCUAUAGAUGCAGCCAACCCCGAAAUGAAAAAUCCCAUUUCCUCAGCUAAGGACAUCAAGUUUGAUCUUCUUGAUAUGACCUCUACUGAAGUUUCUACUGAUAGGAAACUUGAAAAUGUUGAAGAACAAAAGACUGAUUUAGCUGCGUCAGCCAGCUCCGGUAGACUUCCGGAAGACAUCAAGGAGAAUUAAGAAGCCUUAUCAUUAGAAGGUGAAAUCGUGGGGGAUGAUGGUGAUGAUGUCUAUCUCACUCAUGUCAAUAUGGAUGAUUUCAAAGGUAAUAAUGAAGGUGAUGCCAGUGGUGAUAAUGACAAUGACGAGUCAGAGAUGGAAGUACAUGAAACUUCUGGGCAGAAUUGUAAAGUUGUAGAACUAAUGGAAUUGACUGCGUAUGGUGAUUAGCUAAUGCUUGAGGUGUUUAGGUCAACAUAGUUUGUAAAUAUUCGCAUGGAUGUUACUUGUUAGGUAAGCUAUUGUGUUUUAGCUUUGACGCGGUGGGGUUUGUAGGUUGUACAGCAGUAAAGGUAGAUUCUUGAGGUUUCGGUUUGAUUGUGCGAGAACCUCCAUUUAGUAGUAAAGGUAGAUUCCUGAGGUUUUGGUUUGAUGUACGAGAACCUCCAUUUAGUUCCCUUCAAUAUAAGCUGUUCCGAAUGAUCAGCUCUUACUAUAUCUUCUGCCAACGAAUAUGUACUGUUAUAAUGAUAUAGUUUCAUCUCUGCUCUGUAUUUACUGUCUUGACUGCAUAUGAAUCUGUCGAUUGUGAUUA